GGAAGGUGUAGCCUGCACUUGAAGAGCUGAUCUCUCUUUCGUCAAACAUUCUUCUACACGUACUGAACAAUGGCAAUUGCACAAGUGCCUGUUGUGACAGUUGGCCCGUUGGGGGACAGUCCAGUUCAGGUUGCCUGUCCUAAAUGCCAUCAGACAGUACUCUCCAAGGUGGACUACUCUUCUGGUUUGCUCACCUACCUUUUCUGUGGAGGACUCUUCUUUUGUGGCUUUGUUUUAGGUUGCUGUCUCAUCCCAUUCUGUGUGGACCGGCUGAAAGAUGCAAAGCACACCUGUCCUACCUGCAAGACUGUACUUGGCGUGUAUAAACGUUUAUAACUGAUAUUAGAGAAAAUUAAUUGGCAACUAUUUUGAUAAUUUAAUAAUCAUUUGUCUUUUUUUUCUCUUUAAACAAAAAAGAUAGUUUCUGUUUUUUGGUUUCUAGCUUCCUAAAUGUGAGAACUUUUUUUCUUUGUCAUGAUAGUAAACUGAAUAGUUUGGGAUUUUUUGACUGUUGGUAAGAAAAAGCAUUACAUUUAAAGAUGUCACCUUUGGUUGUGGGAAAUGAAUAGUAAGAUUAAUCAGUUAACUUAAUGAAAAUAACUAUUAGUUGUAGCCCUAACUGAUAUGGUGUCCUUAGGGCUAAACCAGGCUACAGACAGCAGUUGCCUCCUAAAUGAACCGCUGUUAUAUUCAGAAAAUGUAAUUAUACUGACUCUGACAGCAAUAAAAGUUGCCUCUGACUCUGUUA